UCUACUUCUUGAAAAAAAUUCACUUUCUCUCUCUAUACAUACACAGGCAUAACUAUAUAUAUUCAUCUAUCUGUAUAUAUAUACACACAAUAAAGGGUGGGGAGUUGCUGCUUGUACUACAAACUUUGCUCUGUGCUGAUAAUUUGUGGGGUUCUGAGAUGAAAGUAUGUGCCUAAAACCCAGAUUGUAUCCAACUACUCCAUAGGUUUUGGUAUCUGUUGGACUGCCAUCAUGACCGUGAAUAAUCCGACUGUUGAAACUGAAGAUACGUUUGCUAGCUUGCUUGAACUCGCUGCCAAUGAUGACAUAGAGUCCUUUAAGAGAUGGAUUGAGCGUGACCUAGCUAGUAUUCAUGAGGUUGGACUGUGGUAUGGGCGCCAAAAGGGCUCGAAGCAAAUGGUUCUUGAUCAUAGAACUCCUUUGAUGGUUGCUGCUACAUAUGGAAGUAUUGAUGCUCUAAAGCAGAUACUAUCGCUACCCGAAGUUGAUGUGAAUCGUUCUUGUGGCCAUGAUAAGAGCACCGCCCUUCACUGUGCUGCCUCUGGUGGAUCUCUAAAUGCAGCAGAAGCUGUCAAACUUCUCUUAGGAGCCGGUGCUGACCCACACUCUAAAGAUAUCAAUGGUCAUUACCCUAUCGAUGUUAUAGUUGUUUCUCCUAGUUUUCACGCGGUUAAAAAAUCAUGCCUAGAAAGCCUUCUGAUGACUAGUGCCAUUGGGGACUUGAAUUCUCCUCCACAUUCGCCUCCUCCUGGAAAUAGAUCACCAUCUUCUGCUUCAGACUCUACUUCUUCCCCAAAGAGUGCAAAGUCCAAUGACCUACCAGAAAAGAAAGAAUACCCUAUUGACCCCUUCUUGCCUGACAUAAAAAACGACAUAUAUUCUUCAGACGAAUUCAGGAUGUUCUCAUUUAAGAUCAGACCUUGCUCUCGUGCAUACUCUCAUGAUUGGACUGAAUGUCCAUUUCUCCAUCCAGGUGAAAAUGCACGAAGAAGGGAUCCGAGAAAAUACCACUACAGCUGUGUACCUUGCCCUGAGUUUCGGAAGGGCGCUUGCCAGCGCGGGGACAUGUGUGAAUACGCUCAUGGUGUUUUCGAGUGUUGGCUGCACCCUGCGCAAUAUCGAACUCGGCUUUGCAAAGAUGGUAUAGAUUGUAAUAGAAGAGUUUGCUUCUUUGCCCACAAGCAGGAGGAACUAAGACCGCUUUAUGUCUCUACUGGUUCUGCUGUUCCUUCACCUUGUGCGAAUACCACUGCUGCCAAUGCUAUGGAUUUUGCUGCCAUGUCACCGUCACCUUUCACACCUCCAAUGUCACCCUCUGCUAAUGGAAUUUCAAACAUGGGUUGGGGGGCCCAACAAAACGUCCCAGCCUUGCAACUUCCUUGCAGCUUUCUUCAUUCGAGUCGCCUGCGGUCAUCGUUCAAUGAGUUUGAUGCGCAACAACAGCAACUCCUAAAUGAGUUUGCCUGCUUAUCCCAGCGCAGCAUGAGUUCUAAUUCUUUGAACCGUUCAGCUCGUCCGAUGACUCUUACCCGUGCAAAUCUUGAGGAUUAUUUUUCUGCAGAGAGCUCAUCUCCUAGGUAUUCUGAUCAAGCAUUUGCUCAAGCUGGUUUUUCCCCUACCCACAAUUCAGCAGUUUGCAGUCCAUUUCAGCAGCAGCAGCAAAGCCUGUUAUCUCCCAUUAAUACGAAUUUCUCGCCCAAAAAUGUUGAUAAUCCUCUAUUGCAAAGGAUGUCUCCCCGAGCAAUGGAGCCAAUCUCACCAAGAAAUUCCCGUGUGUCAAUACUAGCACAACGUGACAGGCAGCAGCAAUUUAGAAGUCUCAGCUCUCGUGAUCUUGGCUCUAAUAUUUCUGCUAUUGUUGGGUCGCCUCCAGCUGAUACUUGGUCAAAGUGGGGCACAGCUACGGGAAAGCCAGACUGGGCUGUCAAUACUGAUGAGUUCGGUAGGCUUAGGCAAUCAUCAUCAUUUAAGCUUGCUAACAAUGGUGAAGAGCCUGAUCUUUCAUGGGUGCAAUCUCUUGUCAAAGAAUCACCUCCAGAAAUUAUGAAGGAUAAAUGUGUUCCUCAUGUAGAUCUUGGUGAAGGCUCUGUGUCCAGUUCCCAGAUUGAUCAAUCUGAUCAAAUUGAGUACAUGAACGGAGACAAAAAAUACUAGGUGAUUUCUUCCCAUCUGCCCAAGCCUUGGUGGAUGAAUUUACUUGUGCUGAUGGGAGGUAACAGGUACCUGAUAGAAUUAGUCGAGGUGGCACAAGUUGGCCCUGACACCGCCGUCAUAAAAAAACAUUCUAAUUCUUCAUUUUAUUGGGCCUUGACAUCUUCAAAAAAGUAAGGUUUUAGUAAAUAGUAACUGCAUUAUGUUCUAAUGUUCUUUUUGACAUGUUAUCUUGGGAGCAAGCAACUGUGAACUGAGAAAUAAGCAGCAGAGAAAGCAGGUCCUGAAUUCGGAAGAAGAUUGACUUUUUUCUUUUAUAUUUGAAUUUGUUGUUCAAGAACGUCGUCGAAGAAUGGGCCAUUGAGAAAUGAUACCAAAGCAUAGGUGAUUUUUCUCCUAUAUUGUUAUUUAAUGUAGUUUAAUUUUUCAGAAAAGUUCUCACUUUGUUUCAUUGUAAUGAAAUCAGAACAAGAAGUGACUUCAUUUGAGAUUUGACAUCUUUUUUAUUUUUCAAUCCACUUCUAUGUUGGGUGGAAAAGAGAAAUACAAGAAGAUGAUAUCCUUCUGAUGUGAUGGCUUUUGGAAUAAAUUUAGUGGUAGAAAGUUGUCUUAAA